AUGGCCGAGUCCGCAGUUAGCACCGUGCUUUGGAACGUUGGCAAUCUUGUUUCUCAGCAGACCAAGUUCUUAUGUGGAGUCACCGUUGAAGUGGAGUUCUUGAAAGAUGAGCUGAUGCGUCUGCAUGGCUACCUUAGAGAUGCUGACAGCGAACAAAGGCAAGGUAACGCACGAGUUGCUAUCUUGGUGAGCCAGAUUAGGACUGCAUCUUAUGAGGCUGAGAAUAUUAUCGAGGCUGCCAAUUACAUUCAGAUGAGAAACAGGCCCAAGAGGGGAUUCAUGGGCGCCAUUUCAAGGUACGCCUGCUUACCAACUUACUUGGUCACCCUUCGUAAUGUUGGCUUCGAAGUUGAGCAUGUAAGACGGAAGCUCACUGAGAUAUUUCAGAGUGCAGAACGUCUGAAAAUUGAUUUGGAUACUACUGCACUAGUAGAGGAUCAGUUCCUGCAAGAUCAUGGUCUUAGGCAUCAAAACUUUGAAUAUGACGCGGUGAUGGUUGGUUUUCAUGAUGAGUACAAAGAAAUAGUGGAUAUACUAGUUGACAAAGAAAACAUGCUUAGUGCCAUCUCCAUUGUUGGCAUGGGUGGGGCGGGAAAAACAACACUUGCUAGAAAAAUAUAUACUUCGUCUAGAGUCAAACAACACUUUGAGACUCUUGCUUGGGUGACUGUUUCUCAAACAUUCAAGGGCAUUGAUUUAUUGAAGGAUAUUAUGAAGCAAAUUGUGGGAGACAAAAAGGAGUCUAGAGAAAUUGAUCAAAUGCAGGAGUUUGAUGUGGGAAAGAAGAUUAGUGACUUUCUGUUAAAAAAGAGAUACUUGGUAGUUUUCGAUGAUGUGUGGGAGGCAGACACAUGGGAGCAGAUAAAUCAAACUGUUACAGCCUUUCCAGAUGCAACCAAUGGGAGUAGAGUACUGCUAACCACAAGAAAGUUUGAUGUUGCAAACCAUGUUGAAAUGCCGACUCAUGUGCAUGCCUUGAAGAAACUGGACGAAGAGAAAAGUUGGGAACUCUUCAGUAGCAAAGCUUUGCCAUCGUACAGAAGAGCUGUCUUGCGUGAUGUGGAUGAAUUUGAAGAGCUAGGAAGGAAGCUAGCAAAGAAAUGUAAUGGAUUGCCACUUGCACUUGCAGUUUUGGGGGGUUAUCUAUCAAAGAAUCUAUCUUUACAAGCAUGGUCGGACGUACUACUGGGUUGGCCAUCAACUAGAAAGACAGAGAUGAUGCGCAACAUAUUAGCUCGCAGUUACAAGGACUUACCAAAUCAUUAUUUAAGAUCUUGUUUUCUCUAUCUUGCUGCUUUUCCCGAGGAUUAUAUAAUAUAUGUGUCGGACCUUAUUGAAUUAUGGAUAGCAGAAAGCUUCAUUCCAUAUGCACCAAGACAUAAACUAGAAGAAACAGCACGCAAGUACGUAACCGAGUUGGCUCAAAGGUGCUUGGUCCAAGCUGUUGAUAGAAGCAAAGCACAUGGAUGGAUUGAGACAAUAAGGAUUCAUGAUAUCUUACGCGAUUGGUGCAUAGAAGAAGCAAGACAAGAUGGUUUUCUUGAUGUCAUUGACAAAACUACAGGCCAAACUGGUGUGUCAUCAUCUCAGAAAAUGAUAUAUUAUCGUUCUUCUUUUCAAACUUUGAGUGGCAAGAUUUUACCAGAGACACUUAAUAUCAGAACUCUGCUUGGCUUUGGACUCUCAUCUGUGUCCCUCCCUAACUUGAGGUUCCUAAGAGUUGUUCAUAUCGAAGACUCAAGCUUGGAGAAGUUCUGCAGGGUAAUUAAUUGGUGCAUUCACCUAAGACGCCUCAGGUUGCGAAGUUGCAAAGACAUGGCACUCCCUUCUUCAAUUGGACAACUCCUUUACUUGCAGACUAUUGAUCUCAGGGGAACAUAUUUGCUCUCACGAGUACCAAACUCCUUUUGGGAUAUCCCUACACUAAGGCAUCUUUUCCUUAGUAAUUGGUUUUCUCCACCACCACCCAGAAGAAGCGUGCGAGUGCAGCAUAAAGAGCUCCAGACCUUUGAGUUGAAUCUUUCAUCCGUUGGCAGUGGCACUAAAUACUGCUAUGAUGACAUGGUCAUUUUCUUGGGACAGCUGAAUCAACUGAGAACCCUCUCUGUGAGAAUUGGGUCUAUACCGGCGGAGAUGGUUAAGAUAUUUGCAAACAUGCCUCACCUGGUUGAUCUUUUUCUCGCAAAAUUUCGUUUACUCGAUAGGUUGCCUAGUGAGUUCCCACGAACCCUGCGGAGUCUUGUUCUACAAGCUUAUGUCAUUGAACAAGAUCCAAUGCCAGUGCUGGAGAAGCUUCCCUGUCUUGUGGUAUUGGACUUGUCUGGAUACGAGGGCCGGACCAUGUCCUGCUCUGCCCAAGGGUUUCCUCGAUUGCAAGAGUUAAAACUUUCUAGAUUUUCUACUGAGGAGUGGAUGAUGGAGGAUGGAACAAUGGCAAAGCUUUCACGCCUAGAGCUUUUUUGGUUCCAGAAGAUAGGCAAGCUCCCCGAGAACCUUCCAUCGUCCCUCAAGUACCUAGAACUGAAUAGUGUGCCCCUGAUCUCGGAAGAUGAUAUCACACGAAUGAAGCUGAUGUGGAGAGGGUGCGAGGUGAAACGUUACCAAUGUACUCCAAGAGAUAUUUAA